AGCUUUUGAAAGGAUAGGCGAAAGUUCUGUCACGUUGUUUUUUUUCGUAAAAAAAGUCGUGAAACCUUUACUGUUGAACUUACUAACUUUUAGGAUAUUAUUAUAUUAGAGCCUCCUCCUAUUGAAGAGGAGUAUGAUCCUCGAACAUUAUAUGAAAGACUACAAGAACAAAAAUUAAAGAAGGAAGAAGCAUUUCAGGAAAUGACUAGAUUUAGUAAUCUAAUUCACAGAUUGGAUGAAGAUGAAAUAGAAUUCUUAGCAACAUUAGAAAGUGAAGAACGUGUUAAAGAAUUGGAAAAAAUGAAGAGAGAUGAAGAAGAAGUUGAAAAAUUUAGGCGAGCUGCGGCUGAAGCCGAUAAGGCUGCAACUUCGAAGCUCAUUAUACAUCAUGAGCCCGUUCCAUCAUCGGUAAAAGUAAAUACUUUAAAACACGACUCACAACGAAUGAUAUUAGCGAAUGCUGUGAAAAAAACCGUUAAACCAACACGUAAAAAAUCAUUACCAGUAACCAUUAAGCAAGGACCAUCAUCACCACAAUCACCAACAAUUGGGCAGGAACCAUCAUCACCUAAUAUCAUGAAGGAACAAACAUCUCCAAUUAUUAAACGAGAACCACAUGAUUCUGAUGAACAAGGAAGAGAAAACAAGCGAAUUAAAAUUGAAAAAUUUAAUGAUUCUUUAUCAUCAAAACAAAAAGAAAUUUCCGAGAGCUCAAAUGAAAAUCAAUCGCCGUCAAAAUUGAAUUUUUCCAAGUCCAAAUAUAAUGAAAAAAGUGUUAUUGAAGAGAAUGAAACGACUAAUAAUAGUAAUCCUUUAUCAUCAUUAUUGGUGUAUAAUGACAAUAGUAGCGAUGAAGACGCUUAAUAAAAUAAAAGUUUGGUUUAUUUAAAAUGCCGGAGGUUUCACCCGGAACUUUUGUCGAAUGUCACCAAAUGACCGUAUGACAUUUUAUGACGUUAUAAGGCGCUAAACUUUAGCCCUUUUGAUCUAUUUAAAGAGCUUUUAAACUUUUCCUCCCCUCCCACUUCCUCCCCUCCCCUUAAUUAAAUUAAAAUAUGUCUAAAUAUUAUCUUGGAUAUUUAUAUUUGUUGUGUAUACUCGUUUUUAUCUUGAUAAAAACCUGUAAUGCAACAGGUUAGUAAACUUUGAUUUAAAUUUUGUGAGGGAUUUUUUUUUUAUUAAAUUAAUAACAAAUAUGUAGACAAUCAAUGCGUAAUUUGUACGUUAAGUAUUCCAACGUGCGAUCCUCCUUGUAAAAAUGGAAAAUGUAUCGUAACAAAGCAAGAUUGUUACUCAUGUUCAAAAGCAUAUUGCCAAUCUGACC